ACCGAAGGUGGAUGUGUUUUUCCUGAGCUGAGCGGGAAAACUGUUUCUUGAUUGGAAAAUACUCGCUUCGGUGGCUCCCCACAGUGACGAGUCAACGAGUGGCUGUGGUCAAACGAGACUCUACGGAAAAUUAGAAGGAAAAAAUAGUUAACGCUGCUUCUAAGGCAGCGCAGUAGUGCAAAGACCAUUGUGUAAUCGUUUCGACGAUGUUGAAGCAUUCGGCGAGUUAGUGAAAUAUAACAACGCGAAUGGUGAAUAAAUUAAGAGUUUUAAUUAUUACCGCUGGCUACUGGCUAUACGCGAAACUUUUGUGCGCAAGUGGAGGCGCCGAGCGAAACUUCUACUUUGUGUGCAUACUUAAAGUGUUCGAAGCACAACAAAUAUCUUCGGGUGACAAGGAAUUACUGUCAUAACUGUUCCUUCAGCAUGUGUUUCCUGUUCCACUAAGAGUUGCGUGAAAUCGGAAAACGGGAGAACAGCAAAGUCUGAAGAAUACUUCCAGAAACUUUGGGAUGUAUGGUUAUGACAAUGCUGCAACUGUGCCUUCAAUUUAGAGAAGAGAUCGUGGCGGAAUCAAGCGCGCGGAAAUCAGCAUGAAUGAGAGGCCGCGACUGCAUGAUUGAAAUUGUGGAGAAAACUCUGCGCCAAUUAAUAACGGAGAUAAUCUUGCUUAGUUUGUGGAUGUUGUAGUUGUUGACAAAAAAUCCGAACAAAAAUAAAUGGGAGAAAUAAUUCGUCAUUGGAUAGAUUAGGUUUGGUUUGAGUUGUGUUAUUCUCAUUGUCGUGAGCGAUGAGUUUUCGUGGCCGAGCAUGACUUAUCGUGAAUGAUUGAUUGUGAUUACCUUAUAUUUUAUGGUCCAAGAAGGAUCAGUGAAAAUUCAAAGUUAAGUUGUGCCGCCAGGAGCAAGAAAAGGUGUAGUUAUAGUAAUACAGUUGCUUGACCAUUCUAGCAAAAUGAGGUUGGAUGAUAGGUUACGUCACGUCGGGUGGUGUGCUUUCAUCAUAGCGGUGGCACAGACAAUCGUCAUAGCUCAAUCCACGGACAGUACGAGUCCGGCCACAGUACUCCCAGUGAAUUACCAAAGCACAAACAACGACACGCAUCAGAAUCUCCACAGUGCACAGGGACUCGAUUCAACGGCGGAUCUCAGUACCGUAAAUCGAGGAUCAAUUUCUUCUACAGUUGCACCCAAAAUUCAAAGGAAGCGGGCGAACUCCGGCGGGAAGAAAAGUAUCGUCAUCAGCCAACCCAACGAUAAUGGGAACAACUCGCGCGAGUCUCUAUCCCACGAAGGCAGCGAACCGGUUGUCUACGUUUCGGACAGUGCCGGUUAUAUUCCCUUGACGUCCCUUCAGGCCAACCAUCCGCGGAUUCCAUCGGCGUACGGGAGUGACAUUGACCCUGCCUGGCGGCCGGACCCUUGGGACCGUGACUAUAAUCGGAGGCACCGUUUCAACAAUACACGUGUGCAACAUAUUGAAGCAGAAUGUCAAGACGACUACAUGAAAAUUCGGAUCGGUUUCAAUGGUUCGUUCACCGGACUGCUGUAUUCUUCUGGUUACGCCUACGACCCUGACUGUAUGUACAUCAACGGUUCCGGUCGGGAUUAUUACGAGUUCCUAAUUCAGCUCAACCGCUGCGGCACGCUGGGAAAGAACGCAAACGGGGACGACAGCCGGAAGAAUCCAACGAAAAACUUCAUGUGGAACACCGUGACAGUGCAGUACAAUCCGCUCAUCGAGGAAGAGUUUGACGAACACUUUAAGGUGACGUGCGAGUACGGGUAUGACUUUUGGAAAACGGUAACAUUUCCGUUUCUCGACGUUGAAGUCGCCACCGGAAAUCCCGUAGUGUUCACGUUGAGUCCACCCGAGUGCUACAUGGAAAUAAGGAACGGAUACGGAACUAAUGGGGCGCGAGUGACCGGUCCGGUGCGCGUUGGUGAUCCCUUGACGCUCAUAAUUUACAUGAGGAGCAAAUACGAUGGUUUCGAUAUAGUCGUGAACGAUUGUUUCGCACAUAAUGGUGCGAACAAGCGUAUUCAACUCAUCGAUGAGUAUGGAUGUCCCGUGGAUGACAAAUUGAUAUCUCGCUUCCGAGGCAGCUGGUCUGACGGAGGACUGUUUGAAACGCAGGUCUACGCUUACAUGAAAACAUUCCGCUUUACGGGGUCACCAGCCCUGUAUAUCGAGUGUGACGUUCGGAUGUGCCACGGACGUUGUCCAAGCCAACCCUGUCACUGGAGGAACCUAAAAGGAAUUUCCAAGCGAGAAGUACAACAAAAGGUAAACACUACGUUAUCAGAUAACAUCAGUCUGUUCCAAGCGCUCCAAGUACUGCAAGAAGAAGAUGAGGAUGAAAAACAAAAACGACAAGCUGUUACAUCUGCCGGGCCACAAGAUAUGUCGGAGACCUGCAUGAAGACUUCCGUACUGUCUGCCUUGUUGGCCACCUGUUGUGUAGUGCUGUGCAUAUUAUCAGGAUCCUUGCUGGCAGCUUGUGCCAAGCUUAGAAAUCGCAAAAAAGAUGACGCCUUCUUCAAUAACUACAUAGGACAUAAGGCCCAAUUGGAUUGAAUCAGCUUCGAAUCUUCGUACACUUCAACACGUCAUUCAUCACAUAAUUUAACGGAACCCAAUCUAAGUAUAAUAUUCAUGCGGAACAGCAACGUUGUUUCUUCAUAGUGCAAUUCCAAAUGAAAUCGAACUAAAAAUGCAGAUUUUAAAAACUUGUAUUUUUGAUUUGAACGAAAGUUUGUAUUCCGGUUCGGUUGGAGGAAAUAUGAGUUUUCCACAGCAUUUGGGAUUUUUUUGGCUCAAGUGUAACUUUUGAAAAGGGCGUAUCGAUUUUAGUAACAGAAAUCUUCGAUAAUUUAUAUCUCAAAAACUAUGAGUCCUACCGAAAUAGUGUCUUAAAAAGAGUUAUAGAGUAUUGAUGUCCAAACGUGAAAAAAAUACACUGAGAAAAAUGGUACUUUUUUGUUAUUUACAAAAAAAAACAUUGAUUUGCAAUAUCUAAAAUAUAUAUUUUAUUUUUUUUUUUUUAUUUUGACGUGGGACUACGUCUAACCGGAGUAUAUGGGGGGUAAAAUGAAAACCUAAACACAGAACAUGCAGGAAAAAAUGAAAGAUUCCGAAUGCUUAUAACUCGAACAUUUCUUACUGGAUCGGAAAGAUGUUUGCAUCAAUUGAUAGGGAAUAUUUCUACUCUUCUAUCGCAUUUAAUAAAAUGUUAUUUUUCAUUAGAUAAACAAUAGUAUAACUGUAAAAUGUUAAGCGUUAUCUAAACGCCCUAACUGCCUCAUUUUGAUUGGCCCGAUCUACGAUUUCCCUAACACAGCCAUCAAAACCAAGCAGCCUUGGGGAAAUCGGCAUUGAAAAUACAUGAAAGUAUGGGAACUUUUGCUCUCACCGAAAUGUGUUCCCUCACACAGACUUCAAAACCAAGCAGCGUUGGAGAGAUCGACAUUCCAAAUACAUGUAAGUCGGGGGCUUUUUUGUUCCUACUGAAAUGUGUUUCCUUAACACAGACUUCAAAUCUAUGGAGCGUGGGAAAAUAGUCUCAGAAAAUAAAUGCAAACUGCGAGUACUUUUGUACUCGCUUGCCUUUGUGCAAACUAGAAUAUGUUUCCUUAACACGGUCUUCCGAGAAGUACGUACACUUGAGAGAUGAAAGAAACGUAAAAUGAAAUAAUCGUUUGAUAAUUCUUCCGUUCACAUGUUUUGUCCUAGGUAUCAUACCAAACGUAAAAGUACUGUCAUAAAAUUUACUUGUAAUUAAGAACAUAAUCUAUCACAAUGCAUGAAUUUACCUUAUAUGGAAUUAUACAAUCUUUUUACUCAUAAGGCGAAUAUAUUGAAUUCGAGAAUUGUUUCAUUCAAUCAAAAAUUUAAUCAAUACAAACAAAUGAUUGGUACGAUAAGGUAGUCCCGCGUCAACCUUGCGAUUAUAUCAUAGAUAUAACCCACCCAUUUUUUUUUCAUAUAAAAUAGAAGUCAUGUAGAAAAUUUAAAAAAUACAAGAUGGUAAAACUAUUUUGACGAACUUUGUGGAACAUCGAUUUUUUAUGAAUUUUCGAAACAUCGAAUAUUUGUAUGUUAACAAUAAUUUUAGCCACAAAAUAUGAAUCCUGACGUGAUUUAAAUAAAAAAAGAUCUUUAUCAAUCUCCUUCCAAAUGCAGCCAUUCUCGAGAUAUUUGAAAAAACAUUUCUAAUUUAUUGUCUUUUUAAAUGCAUUUUUUUAAAUUUAUAUAUGUAUUUUUAAUGUUUUUUUCUAUUUUCUCAUAUAA